UGUUAGCUGUUAUCAGCAUUUCAAAAAAAAGAGUCAUUAUCCGUUGGCGUCUCGUCGCUUUAACUACACGAAGCAGUUAUUCCGCUUUGUUUUUUUCGCCAAUAUUCGUAAUGCUGUUGUGGGUUAAACGUCGCCCACCACUACCGGUUCGAUUGAUGAACAGCUUUGUAAUAAUUCAAUCCAGAAUAUCGUUGUGAAGUCGGUUCUAUUAUCAGUAGUUGUGCACGCAAUACGAUGGAAAAUUUAUACCAUCAGACGAACAGAUUGAUACUGGAAACACAAGAACUGUUCCACAGAUUGGAGAGCUCGAGAUCUGAACUGGUUGAAGCUGAUGUGCAAUCCAAAAUACUAACCAUUUCACAGAACUGUGAACAUCUCGAUAUUCUCGUGCACAAAGAGCCCGUGUCCAGACGUCAUAAUGCCAAACUACGUGUGGAUCAACUUAAAUACGAUUACCAGCAUUUACAGUCUGCAUUGAAAACGCAUCAGCAAAAUCAGCUGAAGAGAUUGAGAGCUGAACAGGAACGUGAAGAACUAUUGAAUCGUAGGUUCACUAGAAAUGCAGAUACAACAAUAUUGAUUGAUAGUUCCAUACAACAUCAAAAUUCACUUCAGGGAGCACAUCGAGGUGUUGAUGACUUAUUAGGAUCUGGUGCCAGUAUGCUUCAAAGUUUGCGUGAACAACGUGAUCGAUUAACAGCAACCCGUAACCGUUUAGCUGGAAUCUUUGGUUCUCUGAGACUGUCCAAUACAACUAUGAAGUAUAUCGAAAAAAGGUUAAAAGAAGAUAGGUAUAUAUUAUAUGGUGGAAUGGCAAUCACAAUUCUUCUUAUAGUUAUAGUUAUGAUAUAUUUCAGUUAACGAAUAAAUGUUUUUUAUUUGUUUUUAUGAA